AUGCAUUUAUUGCACCUUUACUUCAUCGAUAAGACAAGAGGUCUUAGUCAUUUGUGGGAUCGCUUGCCACUCCUUCUGUUAGACGGGCCUGCGUGCCCAAUUCUUAACCCUUUGAAAAUAAAGUUUAUGAACAUGUCGGCAAGUCUGAAACAAUGCUAUGACCUUCUCAACAAGACCGGUAGGGCUUCCGCGAUUACCAUCAGCUUUCUGAGAAAGGACUUAAGAGAUGCUCUCUGUCUCUUUUACCUUGUUCUGCGGGCCGUGGACACUGUCGAAGAUGAUAUGACCAUACCAGACGAUAUCAAAGUGACCAUGCUGACGUCAUUUGACAAGUAUCUGCUAGAUCCAACAUGGAGGUACACGGAAAGCAAUGACGAAUACGCAGUUGUUUUGGAGAACUUUCCAUGUAUCUCAAAAUCCCUUCGUGAACUUCCCAGCAAAUACAGAGCCAUCAUUACUGAGCGGGGCUGUCAGAUCGGGAAAGGAAUGGCAAACUUUGUGGGAAAAGAACUGAUGACGUCAGAAUACAUAAAUGAGUACUGCAAACAGGUAGCAGGCGUUUUCUGUAUUGGAGUAACCCGUCUGUUUGUGGCGUCAGGACUGGAACCAGAAGUACCCGACACUUCAGCUAUAAUACAAGCGUCGCUGUUUCUGCACAAAAUUAACAUGAUCCGUGAUUUCAAGAAGGACUGGCAAUGUGGCAGGCUAUACUACGCGGGCGAUGUUUGGAGCAAAUAUAUCAACAACCCGGGAGACUUCUUGAAACCUGAGAACUUUGACAAGGGCGUUAAAUGUGUCAAUGAGCUCGUCACAGACGCUCUGCAGUACCUGAUACCUUAUCUGGGGUUUCUCAAAACGCUGAGCAGCGAGAGCGCCAUCAAAUUCUUUGGAAUUCACCAGAUAAUGGCUAUAGCUACAUUGGAGCGCUGCUACAAUAACCCCAUGGUUUUCAUGGAAUCUGUCAGUAUAAGCCGAGAGGAGACAGGGGAAAUAAUCAAAUCUGCGUCGAUUCUGGCAGAGAUCGUGGGCAAGAUUCAAUACUAUACAGAAAGA